UUUUUCAGCACACUCUUCACACAGCAGUGUAAAGAUCAUCACUGAUAAAACAGCAUCUGCAUGAUCUGUGUGUAGAAAUGUCAAACUCUGAUGUUCAUAUGCACACACACUUGAUCUAAUAACAUCUGUGUGUUUCUAUCCUUCUAUGAACUGUUCUCACACAUGAAGAGAGGAAGAAAACAGUGCUGGAGGGAAAAUCUGUCACUCUAGAGCCUGCUUAUGAAAUACAGACAGAUGAUGAGAUACGGUGGAUGUUUGGAGAUAGAGAGCAGCAGACUGUCUUAGCUGAACUCAAUGGAAAGACCGGAGAGAUCUUAACACGUGAUGAUGUUGCUGAUGAGAGAUUCAGAGACAUACUGGAGCUGGACGAGACGACUGGAUCUCUGACCAUCACAAACACCAGAACUGCACACACUGGAGUCUAUAAACUAGAGAUCAGGUCCAGCAGUGGGGAUUCAGAACAGACAUUUAUUGUCACUGUCAGAGAAAAAGUGGAGCAGAAAUUACUGAAAGGAGGAGAGUCUGUCACUCUAAAGCCUGAUACUGAAAUACAGAGAGAUGAUCUGAUCCUGUGGAUGUUUGGAGAUCAAGACAAGCUCAUAGCUCAGAUCAGAGGAGGGACUGGAGAGACAUAUGAUGAUGUUAAUAAGAGAUUGAGAGACAGACUGAAGCUGGACAAGAAGACUGGAUCACUGACCAUCACAAAGAUUGAAGCUGAACACACUGGACUCUAUAAACUACAGAUCAUCAGCAGCAGAGGAACCUUGGUCAAGAGAUUCAAGGUUUUAAUACAACAGAGGGAUGUGGUAGUGGCUGCGGGAGACAUCUGUUUCGUCUACACACGGGUCCUUACUGAAAUACAGAGCGAUGAAAUGAGAUCCAACCUGCUCUACCAGCCUGAGACUCCCUGCCUGUUAGUUUCUCAAGGUGGCUUGCCAACCAAGCCUGGUGCUGAGAACGACUCUCUGAUACUGUCUGCUUUGAGCUCCUUCACUCUGCUUACAUGCUCUGCUGUUCUCUGCUCUGGUUUUCUCUCCAUCCUUCUGCCCAGAUUUGACCAACGACUGAGACUGUACCCCACACUGUCUACCUCUCAGGGGAUUGUUCUCUCCCUUCCGGUUGGAGCUGUCCCAAGAUUGUCCACCUCUGUGCUGUGA